CUACGGUCACGUUAGUUGUUUUGACGCGGAGACACAUUUUCACAUUACGUUUGUUAUACUUUGCAGUGUUACAUUCACGCUUGUUUGAUAACGCAAGACUACGUUUUCUGUGAAUACAAGAAUGUUGUGCAAAAUUAUUUACAUUUACACUUUUGCACUCAUUGCGACAGAAGCUGCUGUUAUUCAUAAUUCAAAUCCCAACGACAAAGAAAUUAAUUAUCAAUUACCUAAUCAUACAAAACCAUUGUUUUAUGAUCUUAAAUUGAACCCACAUCUCACACCGGACAAUUUUAAGUUUGAUGGUGAAAUAUUCAUCGACAUCGAGAUUCUGAACCAGACAAAAACUCUCACGCUGCACGCAAAGAAACUAAUAAUAGAUUUUACUCUUCUGGAACUCAAAAUGAAAACAAUCCACUAUUACAUUCCUACAAUGUACAGUAACAAUGUGACCGAUUUAUUAAGUCUGGAUUUUAACGACGAAUUACUCGUUGGACGUUAUAUUUUAUAUUUGAACUUUACUGGUGUAUUGAAUGACAGAUCAUACGGAUUUUAUAGAAGUUCUUACAAUAAUAAUGGAGGUGAUACGCAAUGGUUUGCUGGGACAAAUUUCAUGCCAACUUACGCGCGCGCAGCUUUUCCCUGCUGGGACGAGCCGGCAUUAAAGGCCUCUUUUAAGAUUGCCAUCAAACAUCAUCGUAAUUACACAGCCAUUUCGAACACACCGGUUUCUGAGCAGUCGGAAAUUGACAAGACAGACGAAAAGAUAUGGACACAUUUUGAAGAAUCGCCCGUCAUAUCAACGUACGUAGUCAGCUUCCUAAUCUUCGAUCUUCGUAAUAUAAGGAAUUCCGAUGGAACCAUCAACGUCUGGAGCAGAGGCAACGUAAUUUCCUCAGCGAGUUUUGCCCACGAAGUUGCCCAGAAGGCGGCGAUCGAAUUGGAACGAUAUACCAAUAAUUCCGUUCGGCCGGCCAAAAUCGAUCACGUUGCGCUUCCUGACAGAUAUGUUAUUGGAUACAAUAAAGGCAUGGAAAGUUGGGGGCUUAUCACUUACAGGGAAACCGCAAUACUGUACAAUACAGAUAGUAGUUCAAUCGACACAUUAUACAGAAUUGCAGAGAAUAUCAUUCAUCAAUCGAGCCAUCAAUGGUUCGGUAAUAUUGUUAGUCCCUUUUGGUGGACUGAUAUAUGGCUAAAUGGAGGACUUGCUGAAUAUUUUAAAUACUACAUUACUGAUAAGAUAUAUAAAGAUUGGAGAAUUACGAAUUUUUUAAUUGUGGAAACACUGAAUUCAAUACUUAUUAUGGACAGUUUUAAGCACGCGCAACCUCUUAAUUUAAAGCCUAAUACUAUUGGAGAAAUAAAUUUAAAAUGUUCUUCACAAGGCAAUCAGAAAGCUUUUCUACUUCUACGGAUGUUGUCACAUUGCCUUUCUGAUGAAGUAUUUCGCGUAGGUCUCAUCAGAUACCUUGAUAAACACAAAUACGGCGUAGCGAAACCUGAAGAUUUAUGGGACACUUUACAAGGUGCAUUUGAUGAAACAAUGGUACCUCAAAACAAAUUUAAAAUUCAAGAAGUAAUGGACACCUGGAUAGAACAGAAAGGAUAUCCUCUCGUUACAGUAACCAGAGAUCAACAUAACGAAAAAAUAAAAAUUACACAGGAAUAUUUUCAACCGUAUGAAAAAAUACGUACACUUAAAAACAUCAAUAACGUAAACACUACGAACGUGAAAUGGUGGAUUCCCAUAAAUUUUGCAACUCGCACAAAUCCAGAUUUCUCGUCGACCUUAACCACGCAUUGGUUAUCACCAGAAACUGAAGAGCUUAUAAUCGAUGAUAUCGACCCGCAAGAUUGGAUUAUCGUGAACAUUCAACAAACUGGUUUUUAUCGUGUGAAUUAUGACACAACAAACUGGUUGAAAAUUGCUGGCUAUCUAAAUUCUGAGAAUUACACAAAAAUACAUGUAUUAAAUCGCGCAAAUUUAAUUAAUGACGCAAUUCGUCUUAUGUUCGCGGAUAAAUUAGAUCCUAGAAUUUUCAUGGAUAUCACGAAAUAUCUGCGACGUGAAACUGAUUAUGUAGUAUGGCAUUCAUUGUUUAAAACGUUGCGAUAUGCAACCAAGUUUUUUUCUUAUAAUGGAGGAGGUGAAAUGCUUGAACCGUACAUCCAUUACUUGAUGACUGCCAUAGCACAAACACAUCUACAGGAUUAUUUACAGAACCCAAAUGAUGAUUAUUUCAAAAAUUUAACGAGAAUUACAAUUUCUGAGGAUGCAUGCUCCUUGAAUGACCCUACAUGCUUAUGGAAAGCACAUGUUCAAUUACUUGAUUACAUAGAAAAUUCAAUGAUACUUACAAAUAGAACUACAUUCCAGAAGAAAAGAUGGAUGUUCUGUAAUGGUAUAAAACGAGCAAAUGAAACUAUUUGGAACAAGCUGCUGUAUAUGUAUACAAACAUGUCCGAACUAACAUUGUACUGCCUUGGACACUCCAAGAAUCAGACUAUUAUUGCAAAAUUUUUAAAUAUGACUAUAUCAGAAGAUUCACCAUUAACAAAGAAUGAUAUUCCUCGUGUUAUCUACUCAGUAUUAAAUGGAGAUUUUCCAAAUAUUGAUAUGGUGAUAGAUUUUAUUGCAAAUAACUGGGAUAGACUUACAGCUAUCGUAGACGAUCCGACAAGUUUGAUACAUGAUAUUAGUUGGAAUGUUGUAUCUAGGAAACAAUCGAAAAGGUACAGUUUUUGUUAAAAAAUGACAAAUGUAAUACUUAACAUUCCUAUCUAAAAA